AUGGAGCUAGAGGAUCAAGAAGCGCAGGAGCCUCUCCUGGUCACCGCGGCCGGGAGAAGCGGUGAUGGCUGUCACUUAGCUGCGUCCGGCGCCGCCUCGUCCUCCUCUUCGAUUGCGGUGGUGGUCGCCAGCACCGCCGUCUCCGUCGCUGGAUCCUUCGAGUUCGGCAUCUCGGUCGGCUACUCGUCGCCUUCUCCGCCUGGCAUCAUGCGUGACCUCAACCUCUCCUUAGCAGAUGUACCCUCCUUACUCUGUCUUUGGCUCGAUACUACCAUUGGAGCAAUGCUAGGAGCUAUUGUCAGUGGUACCGUGGCAGACCGAGUUGGUCGAAGAAGUGCAAUGGCGAUAUCAGAUCUUCUCUGCAUUCUUGGAUAUCUCUUGAUAACCUUUUCCCAGAAUUUCUGGUGGCUUGACAUUGGAAGGUUCUCAAUUGGAUGUGGAAUUGGCCUUCUUUCAUAUGUGCAUCUGAACAGGUUCCAGUCUAUAUCAGAGAUAACACCAAAGAAUCUUAGAGGAGGAUUCGCAACUGUAAACCAGUUUAUGAUCUGUUGUGGGGCAUCACUUGCUUAUGUUCUGGGAACUUUUAUCACCUGGCGGACUUUGGCAAUCAUUGGAGUGGCGCCAUGUUUGCUGCAAUUGGUUGGCCUUUUUGUGACUCCUGAGUCCCCAAGAUGGUUGGCUAGGUUCGGCCACCCAAGUGCAUUCGAGGCAGCAUUACAGAAGCUAAGGGGAAAGAGAACUGAUAUCUCUGACGAAGCAACAGGGAUCAAAGAUUUUACAGAAAAGCUUCAGCAAUUACCAGAGUCGAAGAUGUUGGACCUGUUUCAGAAGGAUUAUAUUCGUGCUGUUACAGUUCGAGUAGGGUUAAUGGUCCUUCAACAGUUUGGGGGAGUGAAUGCCAUUUGCUUUUAUGCCAGUGAAAUAUUUGUUUCAGCCGGUUUCUCAUCAGGAAAUACAGGAAUGCUCGCUAUGGUUGCUGUUCAGAUUCCGAUGACGGGACUAGGAGUACUUCUAAUGGACAAAGCUGGACGGAGGCCACUUUUGAUGGUAUCUGCAGCUAGAACAUGCCUGGGUUGCCUACUAGUUGGUUUCUCAUUCUUAGCUAAGGUCUGCUGCGAUUUUAUCCUGAUAAGAAGAUCAACAACUUCCCAUUUGUCAGAACAAUGGGCAGACCCAGUGCCAGAGGCUCCCACAUGAGUGGUGUCUGGGGAAGGGAUAAACCGAGACAAGCCUUUCCCCCGCAAAAUCUGCGGAGAGGCUGCUUCGAACCCACGACCUGGUGCCUCAGUGAGACAGGAACAUGAACAUCACUGGGGAAAGGAUCUGAACUUAGUGCUGGCUUUGGCAGGCAUUCUGAUUUUCGGUGGAUCUUUUUCACUGGGUAUGGGGGGAAUACCGUGGGUUAUAAUGUCAGAGAUCUUUCCCAUAAACAUUAAAGGAGCAGCAGGAAGCCUUGUGACACUCGUCAGCUGGCUUGGCUCGUGGAUCGUCUCAUAUGCCUUCAACUUCCUCCUGGUGUGGAACUCCUACAGCAAGUCAAGGCGCACCAAGUGGAAUAGAAUUUUGCUCCAGCAUGGCUCUCGACCUCGAGUGGCAGCAGCCGCCGGUGCUGCUCAUCGUCCCCGCAGUCAUCUCCCCUGCCGACCUACUAGCCUCCCGUGCCGCGGCAGCAGGACGAGGACGACGGCGCUGGUUCUUGUAGCCGCAACGACAAGAGAAGGGGCGAAGACGGCGGCAUUGGCCACGGCGGCGGACGUGGUGAGGGAGUUCUACGACGGCGUGAACCGGCGGGACCUGGCGGCGGUGGAGCCGCUCAUCGCGGAGGGCUGCGUGUACGAGGACCUGGUGUUCCCGCGGCCCUUCGUGGGGCAGGAGCGGAUCGUCGGCUUCUUCUGCGAGUUCAUGGGGACCAUCAGCCCCGACCUGUUAGUCAUCGACGACAUCUCCGCCGACGACUCCGCCGCCGUCGGGGUCACCUGGCACCUGGAGUGGAGGGGGAGGCCAUUUCCCUUCAGCAGGGGAUGCAGCUUCUACCGCUUGCUCGCCUCGGAGUCGGAGCAGCAGCCGCUGCAGAUUGUGUACGAACAACAGCUUCAACUGCUCUCCUCUCAUUUUGCAGUACUGAAUUGUUCACUCGCCCAGCUUCUGGAUUCAAAUCCAUAUUGUGAUAUUGACAUGAUCGAUCUUUCGAUCAGGUAUGGUCGAGACUGCGUGGAGCCUGCCGCCAAGCCCGGGGAUUUGGCACUGUUUGCGGCUGCAAUUCUGCAAUUGCAUCGCUCAGCUUGUGUAUUCAGUAGUUGUACGUAUCAUGGUGGCGCUAGGCAUGAAAGUUUUCAUUGCAUGCAGGUAUGGACCAACAAGAAUUUAAAAGAAAUUAAAAAAUUACAUCGCAGAGUCCGGUCCGAGUCCUUCCAGGAUUACUAA